AACAACAGAGGAAAAGUCUGCCAGUGGUUAGCAGAGAGCUAGGUGAGCUAGCAUGUGAAAAUGUAAACAUGGACUCGUUGCUUGUAGUAUCGACUCUGAGAAUUUGUAGUCUAAUAAACAAACCACUGUUCUGACAGUAUUAUAUAUAUAUAUAUUUAAAUACUGUCCAACAGAAACGCACGUCGCGGCGAGACAGAGACAUUAAUGAUGGAUAAGACUUUCAGUCAGUGGAAACAGCAGUGUCUGAGUAAAGUUGACUUGAGUAAAAAAGGCAGCGUGGACCAAGAUAUUGAACAUAUCGUUACUUUGCUGAACGGCUUGGAACAGUUCUUCACAACCAGCUCCUGCUCUGGAAGAAUCAUCAUCAUCGACACUGCAGCUCCAGGGGACAGUGAUGUGCAGAAACAGAAUUGUAUAUGGUUGUUUGUCUCACACCAAAAGUGCACAGCAGAUGACCUGGUUUCUGCUCUUGACAGGUCCAGCAAAGAUGCUGUGCUGAAGUUUGAGCCCUUUGUUCUCCAUGUUCAGUGCAGGAAGUUGGAAGAUGCUCAGCUGGUGCAUUCAGUGGCCAUCAACUCCGGCUUUAGAAACUCUGGUCUGACGGUCGGCAAAACAGGAAAGAUAAUCAUGGCCGUUCGUAGCACUCAUGGCCUGGAGGUUCCUCUGAGCCAUGAGGGAAAGCUUCUGGUUGGACAAGACUACCUCCAUUUCCUAGCUCAGCUAGCCAAUCAGAAGAUGGAAGAAAACCUAAGAAGGAUCAACAGAUUCUACCAGAACCUUCAGUCAGCUCUCACCACAGAGAAACUACAACUCCAAGAUCCUCCUGACACCCAGGAACCACAGCACACCAUUGGACAACAGGGUACAACAAAAGAAGAGCUGAGCAAAACGGGUGUUUACAAAAGGAGGCGCAGGAGAGACCAUCCACAGGCUGACUGUUGUGAUGGUGAUGGGGAUAGUGACGUCCAAGAGCUGUAUGGACCUCUGGAUCUAUUGAUAUUAGGUGGAGGUGAUGGUGGAACAUCAUCUCCUCCUGUGUGACGUUUGUGAAUACUUAAAAGUUCUUCAGUUGUUUUUGAAUACAAAUUAUUGCAAAGUAGAACUACAUAUUAACACAUGACAACGAUAUAUAAUGUCCAAUGACUAGACAAAAAUGCCAUCAUCUCCUCAGGAUCUCUAUGCAAACAAAGCUACUCCCUAAUAAGUUGGAAAAUAAAAUAUUUUAUACUGUGCCUAAUUUGUUUGUUCACAAA